AUGAGGCGGCUUUGGCAAGAGAUGCUCUCGGCGUCAUUGCCCCCAAGGUUGCUGGCCCAAUUGUCAUACACAGUUUUCGGGCUUGGUGACCGUCGCUACCGUGAGUUCAACUACGCUGACCCUUGGGCAGAAGGCUUGUGGACUGCAUUGGCAGAACUACAGUCACCGGUGAUGCCUUCAGAUGAUGAGGGCGACGUGCGAUACGAGGUCGAGGAGAUGGGCGAUGGAUACAGCAACGGGGGUGGCCACGACGUGGACGUCCAGGACCUUCCACCCGACGGCAUUGCCGCAGAGGUGGUUGCAAAGCGCAGCUUGUGCAGCGACAGCCAUGCAGCAGAAGUCCAAGAUGUUUGGAACAUUCGACUUCGGCUCCCUGCCACAAAAGCAUAUGCAGCUGGAGACGUCCUCGUGGUGUGGCCGAGAACGCAGCCUAGCCUCGUUGAACGUUUUGUCGUGGAGACUCUGGAGCGCUCUUUGGGGGAAUAUGUGCGCAUUCGACCGCGGCGCUCUGUGGCUGCGAGUCCCUUCCCUUCGCGACCUUUGACGUUGAGGGAGCUCUUCAGUCGAUACCUUGACGUCACAGCGGUUCCUAGCCGGUACUUCUUCCACGUGCUGUCACUCCACACGGAAGAUGAGCUCCACAAAAAGAAGCUUGGUGAAUUUGCAUCUCGGUCACUGGAGGCAAAGGAUGCCCUUUACGAGUACUGCAAGCGUGAGCGCCGGUCCGCGGCAGAGGCUUGGAUUUGCGGAGGGGACCUGGCUGAGACUAGAUUCGCUGGAUACGCAUCUAAACCUGCACUGCUUCGUGAGAUGGAUCCGACCAUUGCCGCCCAUAUCUUGGUCGGUUGGACGCCUCGGGGCAUGGCCAUGGAUGGGACACCUCCGUGCGAGAGAGGCCUGGAGUGGGACUGCGGGAGCCGAUUUUUCUGGAUAAGCAUGGCAGUCCGGCUUAAUGUCUAUUGGCGACAGUCUGAAAGCGGGUGCCUUCCCAGAAAUGGCUGGUGCUUGGCAGAAGUUCUGAAUGGUGCCGAGCUUCGGCUGUCAGACAAGUUGGGAGCUAUGCUUGUGCACAAUCAACCAUCAAGCCGCACUUUGCUGCUGCGCUCUGGCGGUCCAAAGGGUUGGGUGCUUCAGAACGCCAAAUCCGAAUCCUGUGCGCACUCCGAUAGUUAUGCUUUGGACAUGCUGCAGCACGCUGGAGAGUGUUUCAGUAUUCAGGACCUCUGCGUUGGCAUAGUGAACUCUGUCACGCGCAGCAAUCGAGAAGUUCAGGGCAGCAACUUCUUGAAGGAUGCCGCAGUGGGUUCACGACUCCAGUGCAGUCUUGAGGAGGGCAGCCUGAAGCUUCCACCACCGGAGGCCCCGAGCAUGCUCGAGCUAGCUUGCUUCUUGUUACCAGCCGUCCGAGAAGUGGCGGUUCCAUAUUUAUUCCAGACACGGCCAGACUCAUAUAUGUUCCAGACCCAGUGGAUGAAGGCGGCCUUGUUCCAGAAGGAUCAAGCCAUCAAGGGCUACACGGUAGCGAUCUUCAUCGUCAAAAGGACUGCCUUCCUGAUCCUUGAUAUCCAGAAAAGACAGGAUCUGCUGUUCCUUGGCUUUCGGCAUCAAGAUGGAGACUACUUGUAUGGAGAUGAGUGGCCUGCGCGGCUGCAGACAGAUGCUGCUCACGACUUUAGCAUUGAAGAUGAGCUUCGCUUGUCCCAGAUUCGUGUCAUCCGGCACCCGCUGGUUUAUGUGCAAGAUAUCAUCGAAGAGAAUGGCGAGCAGGUCGUUCGCCUUCUAGCCACCGGAUUCGGCAUUAGCAGAAUUGUGGUGUUCGCGCAUGAGGAUGCUGGAGCCAUGAUCUUCGUUUGUGGACGUUCUCACCCGAUGCCCUCACAGGUCUUCGACGCCUUCGUGGAGGUUCUGCAGAAGCAUGCAGGUCUCAGCGUGGAGGCUGCAAGUCAGCGGCUGCGCCUACUGCAACGCAGCCUGGGCUUUUCAUUGACUGCCCCAGGGGCGGAGACAUCCAUCACCAUCGACGACGUCACGCACGUCAUCGACUCAUGCCACGUCAAGGAGACGCGGUUCUCGCCACAGAGCUCCACAAGUGUGUUCUCCACCGUGUGGGUGUCGCAGGCUGCAGCCAAACAGCGAACGGGACGCGCGGGGCGCACUCGUCCAGGCAUCUGCUGGCGUCUGUGCUCAGAAAGCUUCUUUGAGAAGGAGCUGCCGAAGCAUACGCUCUGCGAGAUGCAGCGCACAGCGCUGGAGGAGUUGGUCUUGCAGUUGCGUCUUCUGGAUUUGGGCGAACAUCCGGGCGACUUCCUUCGCCUGGCGCCCGAACCCCCAGCGCUGGAGGCGGUUGAACGCGCCAUCCGUGCACUGGUGGCAAUAGGUGCCUUGGAGAGCAAUUCGAAGCUGGGCCUCACACCUUUGGGCUUCCAUUUGGCUCAUAUGCCUGUGGACGCGAGAAUCGGGAAGAUGCUGGUGUACGGGUCUCUUUGCCAGUGCCUGGCGCCCAUCCUUACCAUAGCUGCUUGCCUGUCGCAGAAGUCUCCCUUCGUACGCAGCUUCAACCGAACAAAGGAGGAUCUCCAGGUCACUGAGCGCCAGGGAGCCUGGGGCUACCUCAGCUUCUUGGCGAGUUGA